CAUUCUUACGACACCCGGACUUUCCAAACAAACAUGGCAGCCCUCCGAUGCCGUAUACCGUUGUGAAGGUUGACUGCGAAAAAAUCCUGAGCGUAUCGGAAAUAUGCUCAACCUGACUUUACGAGAGGUUUCCAUUGCAUUCAGAGAGCGAAAGAUCUCCCCAACUGAGCUGUGUAGAAAAUGCUUGAACCGCAUCAAGAAGAACCAGCAUCUAAAUGCUUACAUCACGGUGACGGAGGAAUUGGCCUUGAAGCAGGCUCAUGAAGCUGAGACCAGACUACUACAAGGUACCUCUAAGGGUCCUCUGGACGGAAUCCCAUUUGCAGUCAAAGACAACUUUAGCACGAGGGACGUCAAGACCACAUGUGCUUCGAGAAUGCUGAAAGACUACACUCCCCCAUACAAUGCCACAGUAGUCCAGAAGCUGUUUGACCAAGGUGCUCUUCUCCUUGGGAAGACCAACAUGGACGAAUUUGCUAUGGGUUCGGGCAGUACUGAUGGCGCAUUUGGACCAGUGAGGAACCCGUGGAGCUAUGCUACUCCCUACUGUGAGAGGACAGGAGCGGCACAAGACUCUGACUGGGUUAUCUCAGGAGGAAGUUCAGGAGGAAGCGCAGCAGCUGUCGCCUCCCUGACCAGUUACCUCGCUUUAGGGUCGGACACGGGUGGUUCCACCCGUAACCCAGGCGCGCUGUGUGGCGUUGUGGCUUUGAAGCCAACGUAUGGACUGCUGUCGAGACAUGGCCUCAUACCGCUGGUCAACUCCUGUGAUGUUCCAGGCAUUUUGGCACGAAGUGCCAGCGACGCAGCCAUUAUUUUAGGUAUUCUCCAAGGCAUUGACACAAAAGACUCCACAACGAUUCCUGCACCCCCAUCGCCAACAGAGCUGCCUGAAAAUUUCGACGUCAAGAACCUCUGCAUAGGCAUCCCAAAGGAGUUCUACGCCCCUGGACUGUCCGAGGAGACCGCUGUACAGUGGAGUCGGGUCGCCGACAUGUUUGAGAAAUCUGGUGCGCGUGUGGAGCAAGUGUCCCUCCCCCACAGCCACUAUUCCAUUGCGUGUUACCACGUCCUGUGCUGUGCUGAGGUGGCAUCGAACAUGGCGCGUUUCGAUGGCCUCCAGUAUGGCCAUCGAAGCGAAGUGGACAGUUCCACAGAGGCCAUGUAUGCCACCACACGACACGAGGGGUUCAAUGACGUUGUGAGAGGAAGGAUAUUAUCUGGAAACUACUUCCUGCUCAAACAAAACUACGAGCACUACUUUGUGAAGGCCCAGAGGGUUCGUCGGCUGAUUGCAGACGACUUCAACCGCGUGUUCAGCUCGGGUAUUCACAUGCUGCUGACACCCACCACUCUCUCAGACGCUGCACGUUACGCCGACUUCACACAAGAAGACAAUCGAACACGCAGCACGCAGGAGGACAUCUUCACCGUUCCCGCCAACAUGGCAGGUCUCCCUGCUGUUUCUGUGCCGGUGACCUUAUCCAGAAGAGGCCUUCCCAUUGGCUUACAACUCAUCGGCCCCGCCUUCCGAGACAAGAAGCUGCUGAGUGUUGCCCAGUGGAUCGAACAAAGGGUUGGGUUUCCCCCCAUCGGUGACUUUGAGGAAUCUAACAUAAGACAGAGUUCCAGUUACGAUAUUAGUUUUGCCCAGGGGCAGAGAUGAUUAGAUGUAGUAGUUGAAGGUUGAAAGUUGUAAUUAACUUAAAGAAAAAACCUUCAAAGCCAUUUAUACAUUUCCUGUAAAGAGGAACAGCCAGCCACAGAAAUCAGGUUUUUGGCCUUUAACCCUUU